AUGUUGCACCUAGAUCUUGCGAUCCACAGCAUUUCAAGAACUAUAUCCGAAGUCAACUCACUAAACGAGGAUUGUGUAAUAGAAAAUAGUAAAGACGAGAGAAGUGAUUUUAUGGAUAUUAGAUGCAUUAAAAGUAAAUUGAUAAAAAAUAAUGAUGUCAAUUAUGAUGAGAAAGAGAAAAGUGAAAUCGUUAACAUAAUGGACUCUGAUGAAUCAAAUCAAAUAGGUAAAAUGAAAGUUGAAAACUUAUCUAAUAAGUUUCUAGAAGUUGGCGAAGUAAAACCUGAAUUGAAAUCUGCUGAAAGUGUGAGUGAUAAUGUGGAGAAUAAUAAUAAAGGGUUGACAGCAUUUAAUAAUUAUCAAAAUUUUGUUGAAAAUAAGCACGAAGCAUCUAAAUGGAGUCUGGACAGUGCUGAAU